UCGCAUAAAAAAAAACAUCUACACGCCACGUCAGUUUCGGCAACAAGAGACUUGCUGGAAAAGCCGAUUUAUACGUAGCGAAAGUAGAUUGUUUUUGUAGAUUUACUGUGUUUCGCCCAUUGCUGCAUACCGGAAACCGCAUCGACAACUAUCACAGCGUCAUGGAUUUGAUGGUUCGCUACGUCUCGCCGGUAAACCCGGCCGUGUUUCCACAUUUGGCGAGUGUGUUACUGCUGUUUGGCACAUUCUUCACAGCGUGGUUCUUCGUGUUCGAAGUAUCCCGCCCAAAACAACCGUCCAAGGAGAGCGUCAUCUUUAAGGAGCUGGCUAUCAGUUUGUUCGCAUCACUGUUCCUUGGAUUCGGUGUGCUGUUUCUUCUGCUUUCGGUUGGGAUCUAUGUGUAACGGAAGUACCUCGUGUAGGAGUUCUUUACCGCAUCCCAUUUCUUCAACACAACAUUCUAAUCCGAAUCUUACUCUCACGCAACCCAUCCACGAGGAAGAUAUGUGAUGGUUUUACGAAUGAAAUGCACCGCAGCAAGGGAAAAAAAUUGCCAACAGCACGAACAAAUGGAUUAAAAUGUGUGUGAAGUAAGGUGAAUGUUUUAAUUUGUAAGCAAAUUGUCAUAAGAAAUACACGUCAGACCAAACACACACUCACUUUCCUCUCACGGAAGGGCAUUGA